GGCAGCGCCCAGGAAGGAGCGAAGGUCGUGGGACAGGCAGGCCAGGAGUAGACAGACGGGGGAGGGACGGACGUGUGGACAUGGGGGCCUGGGCUUGGGGCCUGCUGCUCCUGCCACUCCUGGCCUCAGCCCAGAUCCAAGCGGUCACCCCUGUCCCCACAGUCUGCUCCGUAGACAAGACCGUGCUGAGCGUGGAGGAGAACACUCAGCCCCAGGGGCCCCUGGUGAAGGUCUCCCUGCCGGACGGCCAGCAGCUGGCCCUGGGGGCCCAGUCCACCCCCGGGGCCUUUCGGGUGGAAGGAGGCGAGCUGUACCUCAACAUGACCCCCGACUAUGAGGAGACCACCGUGCUGCGGGCGGAGCUGGAGUGCAGAAGCGGGGAUUCCGUGGUGACCCAGCUGAGGGUGUUCGUGACGGUGCUGGAUGUGAAUGACAAUGCCCCCACCUUCUCCUCCACGAUUUUUGUGAAGAAGGUUCCUGAGGACACCAAGGUGGACACGAUUGUCAUCCCAGCGUCCACCCUCCGGGCCCAGGACCUCGACAAAGACGACAUCCUGUUUUACACCCUCCAGAGUGUGACCCCGGAUGCAGACUUCUUCUCCCUGGCCGGCGUGAACCAGCCGGACCUGAUGCUGAUCCAACCGCUGCAGUUCCAGGAGUGGACAAACAUAACCCUUAAGCUGCUGGUGCAGGACGCCUCACCCAACCACACGGCCGCGGCCACACUGGCCCUGGAGGUGCAGCCAGCUGACCUGCGGCCCCCCUGGUUCCUGCCCUGUGCCUACACGGACUCCCACGUCUGCAUCCAGGCCCGGUACCGCGGAGCCGUGCUCACUGGCCAGGCCAUGGUGGCCCCACUGGCCCUGAGCCCAGGGCCCAUCUACGCAGUGGACGGGGACUGGGGCAUCGGCGAGGGCAUUGAGUACAGCAUCAUGGGGGGAAACCAGGAGGCCUUCUUCUCCAUUGGCACUGACUCAGGCAACCUGACCCUGCGGGCCACUGUCCCCAGCCCCCAGACCUUUGAGCUGCUGGUCAAGGCCGAGCAGGUGGACCGUGCCCGAUACUCAGUGACGCAGGUGACGGUGGAGGCCAAGGACCCCGGCGGGGGCGCCCCCAGCUUCCCCCUGAAGUUGUACCGCGGCUUCCUGGUGCUCGGACACGGCGAGGGCGUGGCCGUCAAGGACACCGCUGACCCCUCCCAGCCUCUCACCAUCCGGGCGCAUGACCGAGAGUUCCCUGACUACAAUGGAGCCUUCACCUACCACAUCACCAAUGACUCCCACUUCCGCAUGGAGGGUGAGGCCGUGCUGACCACAGGCCUGCUGGCGACCCCGGGGGUGUACUUCCUGGAGGUGCAAGCCGCCAACACGCAGACAAGCCGCUCGGCCUCUGCGGCAAUAGAGGUCCAGGUGUCCUCGGAGCCCACGCCCGAGCCCGGGGGCAGCCUGGCUGAGGCCCCGCGCUUCUCCACAGUGCAGAUGGCAGCGCUGGGCGGCGUGCUGGGGGCCCUGCUGCUCCUGGCACUCCUGGCCCUGGCGGUGCUGGUGCACAAGCACUACGGCCACCGGCUGCAGUGCUGCCCCUGCUGCUCCCACAAGGCGCCGGAGGCCCUGCCCGACGGCCAGGACGACCAGGCCUUCGAAUCGGACGGCGAGGACAACUGGGCACCCGUCCCCAGCCCACCCCCUGCGGCCCCCAGCCCGGGGCACACUGCUCUGGAGCCCCGCGCGCCCCCCCAGCCCCCUGAGUCCCCCAGCCCCGGCCCCGGCCCCAAGUCCCCCGCCUGUGCCGAGGGUAGCCCCACGGCCAUGCGUUCCAUCUUGACCAAGGAGCGCAGGCCUGAGAGCGGCUACAAAGCCGUGUGGUUCGGGGAUGACAUCGGAGCGGAGGCCGAUGUAGUGGUCCUGAAUGUGCCCGCGGCUGACACCGGACGCUCGGACAGUGAGGAUGGGGAUGGCUGGGACAGUGGGGACGAUGAGGACAGCAAGAACAUUGAGAAUGGGGAUGGCAGGGGCGGUGAAUCCACCUUCCUAGGGCCCCAGGAGGACGUCCCACACUGACCACUCACAGAGAAGACAGAGAGG